CCCUGGGGGUCUGUUCUCACCGACGACGCCCAUCCACUCUGCUCCUCCAGGUCCCAUACCGCGUCUUCCUGCCCACCCUACCUCGUCCCCCGGACCCCUCUGAAACUCACGUCCUCGCCCUCGGCCCUCUGCCCCCAUGGUCCCAGAGCAGGGCCCCGCCAACAACAGCACCCCGGACUGGGAGUCGGGGCCACGGUCGCAACAGGAAGGCAGCGGCUGGGUGGCGGCCGCGCUGUGUGUGGUCAUCGCACUGACGGCGGCGGCCAACUCGCUACUCAUCGCGCUCAUCUGCACGCAGCCUGCGCUGCGCAACACGUCCAACUUCUUCCUGGUGUCGCUCUUCACGUCGGACCUGAUGGUGGGGCUGGUGGUGAUGCCGCCGGCCAUGCUGAACGCGCUGUACGGGCGCUGGGUGCUGGCGCGCAGCCUCUGCCUGCUUUGGGCCGCCUUCGACGUGAUGUGCUGCAGCGCCUCCAUCCUCAACCUCUGCCUCAUUAGCCUGGACCGCUACUUGCUCAUCCUCUCGCCGCUGCGCUACAAACUGCGCAUGACGCCCCCGCGCGCCCUGGCGCUCAUCCUGAGCGCCUGGAGCCUGGCCGCGCUCGCCUCCUUCCCGCCCCUGCUGCUGGGCUGGCACGAGCUGGGCGGCGCGCGCGCACCUGCCCCGGGCCAGUGCCGCCUGCUGGCCAGCCUGCCGUUCGUCCUCGUGGCGUCCGGCAUCACCUUCUUCCUGCCCUCGGGCGCCAUCUGCUUCACCUACUGCAGGAUCCUGCUGGCCGCCCGCAAGCAAGCCGUGCAGGUGGCCUCCCUCACCACCGGCAUGGCCUGCCAGCCCUUGGAGACGCUGCAGGUGCCCAGGACCCCAUGCCCAGGGGUGGAAUCAGCUGACGGUAGGCGUCUGGCCACCAAGCACAGCAGGAAGGCCUUGAAGGCUAGCCUGACACUGGGCAUCCUACUGGGCAUGUUCUUUGUGACCUGGCUGCCCUUCUUUGUGGCCAACAUAGCCCAGGCCGUGUGCGACUGCAUCUCUCCAGGCCUCUUCGAUGUCCUCACGUGGCUGGGUUACUGUAACAGCACCAUGAACCCCAUCAUCUACCCACUCUUCAUGCGGGACUUCAAGCGGGCCCUGGGCAGGUUCAUGCCAUGUCCCCACUGCCCCCGGGAGCACCAGGCCAGCCUGGCCUCCCCCUCCAUGCGUACCUCUCACAGUGGCCCACGGCCCGGCCUGAGCCUGCAGCACGUGCUGCCACUGCCCCUGCCACCUAACUUGGACUCAGACUCGGACUCAGGCUCAGAUGGCUCCUCAGGCCUGAAACUCACAGCCCAGCUCCUACUGCCUGGAGAGGCCACCCGGGACCCCCCACCGCCUGCCAGGGCCACUACCACAGCCAACUUCUUCAACAUCGAUCCAGUGGAGCCUGAGCUGCGGCUGCAUCCACUUGGGACCCCCACGAACUGA